AUGGCACAGGGAGAGCCACCGCUGAUCUACGUCAGCAUGUUUGCUGUGGGGCUUCCUUCCAAUGCCACGGCCCUGUGGGUAUUUCUCUUCAGAACCAUGAUGAAGAACCCUCACCCUGCGUCCAUCUACAUGGCCAACCUGGCUCUGUCCGACGUGCUUUUCGUCAUCUGGACCCCUCUGAAGAUCGCCUACCACUUUAACGGCAACAACUGGAUCUACGGGGAGGGCAUGUGCAAGGUCCUGGUGGGCUUCUUCUACGGCAACAUGUACUGCUCGGUUCUUUUCAUCGCCUGCCUCAGUGUGCAGCGGUACUGGGUCGUAGCGCACCCGCUGUCCCUGCAGAGGAAGAACAACAAAGUGGCCGUUGCUGUCUCCCUGUCCAUCUGGGCCUUCAUCUGGCUCACCACCACCCCGUUGUACCUGUACAAGCAGACGGCCAACGUCCGAGACCCCAACAUCACCACCUGCCACGACGUCAACGUCAUCCGGUACAUAGACGACCCGUUUCCUGACGUGCGGCUCCCCUACUAUUAUUUCGUCCUCAUGGCCAUGGUCGUCUUCCUCGUGCCGUGCGUGGUCAUCGUCGUGGCUUACAUCCUCUUACUCCGCACGCUGCAGAACAACAUAGCCGACAGCACAGCGACGAAGAACCGGCACCGAGCCGUCAUGCUGAUCGUGACGGUGUUGGUGACGUUCCUGGUGUGCUUCAUCCCCAGUAACGUCAUGCUGGUGGUGCACUACUCCCUGCUGAAGGACGGCGUGAUGAACAACGGCUACGGCUUCUACGUCACCACCUUGUGCCUGGCCAGCCUGAACAGCUGCCUGGACCCGUUCAUCUACUACUUCGUGUCGGAGGACUUCAGACAGCACGUGAAGAACACGCUGCUGUGCAGGAGCAGCAGGACCGUGGAGAGGAUGAGGGUCUCGUUCAGCUCCAUGAAGUACUCCAGGAAGAGCAACACCUACACGUCCAGCUCGGGCAAAACGCAGAGCAGCAGCUGCUGACGGCCUCGGGCCGGGCAAAGGACUCGGGUCCUUCUCUUUGUUGAAGAUCGGGCCUUUGCGUCUCAGUGCACUGAACCCCCUUUGUAUUUGACUCGCCCGGUGACAAGUGAGAAAGUGGGCUUCAUAACCAUCUGCUGGACUGGACAUAGGGACGUCUGGCUCACACCAAACACCGAGGUUGCAGUUGUGAGGCAUGGCGGCACAAAGAGGAACCAGUUCCCCACACACAUGUGGGGGGCGUGACACAGGGGUCGCUUAGAUAUCUGGCAUGCUCAGCAAGUUUAAUGCCAGAAUGAUUUUUAGAAUAACCAGUAUUUUAUCACCCACCGUUUGGAAACAACCACGAUCUAUUGUUAUGUUUUUUGUUGCUAUGAUGUGAACAAGGGAAUUAUUGAAUUUGCUAUUGAAUGAACACCAAGACUCGUAAAGCCUGCGCACCAUUUUUGCACGGGCCCUUUUCAAACAUGCCUUAACUGCUGCAAAUGGCUUUUUUUUAUUAUUUUUCAGAUUCAAGUCUAAAAUUGAGUUGAAAAUUACCGAAAAGUUGUGAUUUUGCAUUUGGGCCUGAUGUCGUUAGAGGAAGAUGCUCCAGUGUGCCUACGUGACCUCGAGGACGGCGG